AUGGUUGGCGUGCUCAGCUUUUGGCGCCUCGUCGCCGGACUGAUAGCUUCAUCUGCGGCGGUGAUAGUGGCCGACAACGGCACUUAUAGCCUGGCAAUAGAUUCCUCUAAUUCCAGAGGCAGUGAAGGCAACAGAGGGAAUGAUGGGUCGAGCUGUACCAAGACUGUGACCGAAAUUUGCACGGUAACGGAAACCACGACCACGACCGAGCUAUGCACGAUUACGGAAACCGCGAUCCAGACUACUACCGCUUACAGCACGGUCACCACAACCGUUGAUCAUGUUUCUGAAGUGACAAAGAGCUACGUCGAGACCGAUUACGUGUCAGUCACGUCGACGGACGUUGAAUGGAGCACGGUCACAACCACCGACGUUAAAUGGAGCACGACGACAGAUGUCGAAUGGAACACGACUACAGUCACCGACUUUAUAUUGAGCAUAAUCACAAGUGUCGACGUAGAAUGGAGCAAGACCACGGAUGUUAUAUGGAGCACAGCCACAACCACCGACGUCAAAUGGAGCACUACGACCGACGUUAGCACGACCACAGACAUCAGCACAGCAACUUCCGUCGACGUUGAAUGGAGUACAACUACAGAUUUGAGCACAGUGACGUCUGUUGAUGUUGUAUGGAGCACAACAACGGACUUCAGCACAGCGACUUCUGUUGACGUCGAAUGGAGUACAACGACAGACUCUAGCACAGUAACGUCCAUUGACAUUGAAUGGAGCACAACAACAGACUUCAGCACAGCAACUUCUGUAGAGGUUGAAUGGAACUUCAUCACGACCACCGACUACAGCACAGUGACGUCCAUUGAUGUUGAAUGGGCCACAACGACAGACGUCAGCACAACAACUUCAGUCGAGCACAGCAUAACGAGUGUCGUGGAUGUUGAAUGGAGUACGACGACGGUUGUCUCCGACAUUUUCUCCACAGUCGUUUCAGUCGUUCCCACAACCCUCAUAUCGGAGAUUUUCACUACUGUUGUAUCAGAUGUCUUCAUCACGGUCACUUCGGAUGUUCCUACGACAGUCACAUCACACGUCCCCACCACAAUUGACGAAACGUCUACUGUCGUUUCUGUCGACGUUAGCUUAGUCACUUCUGAUGUGACGAUAAUCUUCACUACUCCUGUUACAGUCACAGAUAUCGAGUCGGUUUUCAAUACCGAGUCUGCCUCUUCUGUCACAAUCACAAGCAUAGACACAGUGUCGGUUACGGACCUUGAGUCGGUGACAGUCACUGACAUAGACAUCGUCUCAGCUCCUCCAGUGAUUGUCACUGAUACGGAUAUCAUAACGGCCUCUCCAGUGACAAUUACGGACACAGAUGUCAUAUCAGCCUCUCCGGUGACAAUCACAGACACAGAUAUCGUGCCGGCUGCUCCAAUAACUGUCACUGAUACGGAUAUCAUAUCGGCCUCCCCGGUAACACUUACGGACACGGACGUUGUAUCAGCCGGUCCGGUGACCAUUACAGAUACGAACGUCAUAUCAGCCUCUCCCGUGACAAUUACGGACACUGACACCGUAUCUGCCUCUCCUAUGACCAUUACAGAUGUAUCGACUUCUCCCGUGACAGUGACAGACACCGAUGUUAUAUCGGCAACACCAGUCACUCUCACCGACACAGACAUCGUAUCAGCCUCACCCAUUACUAUCACGGACGUAUUAGCUUCUCUAGUGACACUCACAGACACGGACACCGUCUCAGUCUCCCCUAUUACUGUCACGGAUGUGUCGACUUUUCCUGUGACAGUGACAGACACGAAUAUCAUCUCGGCAACACCAGUAACUCGCACCGACACAGACACCGUAUCAGUUCCUCUGGUGACAGUUACAGACACGGCCGUCGUAUCAGCCUCUCCAAUUACUGUUACGGACGUAUCAGCUUCCCCAGUGACAAUCACAAACACAGACAUAGUAUCAGCCUCACCCAUAACUGUCACGGACACCGAGUCUGCCUCACCCAUCACCGUCACCGGACCUGCAUUGCCCGUUACUGUAACGGACAUAGACACAGUGACAGAUAUCAACAUUGUGACGGUGCCUCCCGUGACGACCACAGCCCCGGGCACAACCGUGACGCUUCCGGCAUCGACCGUGACGCUGCCAACGACCACAAUCGUGCUGCCAGCUUCAACAGUCACACAAGCCGGCUCUGUGACCACAUUGCCCGGGAGCGUAGUGACCGUCACCGGGCCCGUGUCCGUGUCGACGGUAGUGGUGACGUCUGUUCUGCCAGAGUCCACCACAACCAUAAUAGGGGCUGGCACGACCACCACGUCGGUCAUCCCUGCUUCGACAGUUUUCGCGACGGUCACAAAUGUCGUGACAGCACCAGCUGCGACGGUCACUGUUUCUACGACGGUCGUCUCUUCGGUCAGUGUCUGUCCGGCACCAACCAGUCCAGGCGAGGCUCAGAGCACGUUGGACCCUCGCAGCGACCUCACAUGGGGCUGCAAUCCGGGCUACGUAUGCAACGCGACGAAACCGGCCGGUUGCAAAGUGUUUUCGGACCCGCCAGAAGACUCGUUCAUCUGCCCUACGGACCAGUGCAUCCUCGCACCGAAGCUUCCGGUCGUUCACUGGCCUGCUAACCAAACGUCGUAUUACCCGACGACGGAGGGAUACUUCAACCUUCCGCCACCGGCGUUCGGCCUGAGCUACGACAUCUUCUCAGAGGAGGUCAUUGUUGAGGUGACUGGCGGCGUCACGGUGACAGUGACAACGGGCGACUGGUCGACGCAGUCGACGCUUACGAAGUGGCCAACAACGUCCUCGUCAUCGUCAUGGGUGCCGUCUUCGUCGUCGUCGGUGGAGUCGUCAUGGCCGUGGACGCCAUCCUCGUCAUCACGGAUAUCAUCUUCAUCAGCGUGGACACCGCUGUCGCCGCCGCCAUGGUCACCAAAAUGGAUGACAUCGAAAGCAGCCUAUACAACCCACAGUUGGUCCCAUUUCAAGCGUGCUAUCCCUUCUGAUACCCUUCCAUCAUACUGCUACGAUGAUUGCAACAAUGCCUACACGGAGGUUCAGAGCGAAGGAAAGACACAAAAGAUGUGUUCCCCUACUUCGGCUUUCAUGGAGGACUAUGAUGCCUGCAAGACUUGCAUAAACGGCGGUUCGAACCAGGCAUCCCUGAAGGCCGAAGCGUGGUUGACCGACACAUUCUCGCAAUUUAUCGACUUCUGCACUUCGAGCCCAGCAUCGGCACAGGCUUCCUCGGCUACAGGGCCCCAGAGCGAAGUAGCGACUGCUGCUACCGUCCUGACGACGGCACAGGUGGCGGCCACCUCGAGCGCGCCGUCACCGCUCGCGACCCCUAGCACCACCGCAACCACUGGAGACGGUACUAGUGGCUCUAACGGCGCCACUACGUCUUCCAGCACGGCCUCGGCAACGGCGAGUGCGCCACGGUCAAGCAGCCCGGUCACAUCUUCCGCAGCCGCUUUGUCUUCGGCCACGUCUCCAGAUGCUUCCCCCCAAACCUCGCCAACAUCUUCUCUGGCUUCUUCUCCAGCUUCAUCCUCCACUGCUACUUCGUCUAUUAGUACCGAUACCGAAACCGGUGCCAGUGACAGUGCAGGUGCAAUUGCUGGUAGCAGUGCCAAUAGUCCAGGGGGCACAGCAGCUACUGUGUUGACGCUCAGCGGUAGCAGCAGCCUUAGUACGGUUACGACUCGAGGAAGCUCCCCUAACACCGGCACCAGUGUUGGAGCAAGCUCUAGCCCCAUCGGUAGCGGCACUGUUAUUGGAGCUGGCACCAUCACUGGCACGGCGACUGCAACUGGCACCGGAACCGUGACUGCUGCUGGGACUAGCACCGGCACCGGCACUGCUGCCGGAAACACCGUAACUGGGACUGUUACCGACUCCGGCACCGGUAGCAUCUCUGCUGGCACCACUAUUCGCACCACUACUGGCACCGCUACUGGAACUGCCAGUGGCACUUCUAGUGGUCUCACCGGCAGCGCAAGUACCGUCAGUGGAAGUGGCAGCACCAGCGGCUCUGUGUCAUCGACAGCCGGAUCGUCAACCGGAAGAACAACGAGGUCUUCCUCGCUAACGACAUCGACAUCUUCAACGACUUCGGCCUCUUCUACGGCAACUGGUGGCUCAUCAGAUGCUAUUCCAGCAUCUGGAAAGUCAAGCCCAGGCUUCCAUGCCUUCAUGGCCUCGGCACCUCUGAUUGUAUUUUUCUUCCUCGCUUAA